AUGGCAGGCUCACAAAGCCCCACAAACGCCAACGACCGGCCCCGCCUUACCGAAGCGCAAAAGAAGGAAAACCACAUACGAUCCGAGCAGAAACGACGAGAAGCCAUCCGCGACGGGUUCGACAGACUCGCCUCGAUAGUGCCUGGCAUGGAGGGACAAGGCCGUAGCGAGGCCGUCGUACUAGAAGCAACCAUAAAGUAUAUGAGGGAGAAGAUCGUGGAGCGGCAGAAGAUUAUUGCGGAUGCGCAAGCACAAGGCAUAGAUACGACGGGUUGGGAGCUAUCCAAGGAGACGCUGGACGCAUGUGAAGCGCAAUUGAAGAGACAGCAGCUAGAGGAUCAGCAGAAUGGGAAAUAG